GAGAAUUUGGAUAGCGGACAAUAUAAAUAUCUCCCCAGCCUCAUUUAAUUGAUCGGUAUCUUGGUGAUACAAUCCCUUCGAUUAUUGAUUAGAUUCUUGUAGAACAAUGAAUUAAGCAUCUUUUUUCGUUCAAAUCACCUUAAACCAUUCAUUCAUGAACUUCGAAAACAAGUUGAAGCAUCUCCCGUAUCACGAUAAAGUAGGUCCAUGCUAUACUCGUCCUGCUUAUCGUGAUGGUAAACGCAAGACAGCGGUUAAAGUAUUUACCAUAGCAGAUGAAUCUUGUUAUCUUUUGUUAUUUGGAGUCCCAUCAUUGGGUUUGGAGCAACCGCUGAAGGAAAGGUGUAAACAUUAUGGAAAUGUUGAGAGCUUAGUGAAGCUUGUUGAUUAUCCGGAUAAGGAUAUGUUUACAGAUGUUUUUCUAGUCAAGUAUAAAAGUGUUCAAAUCGCAAGGUGUGAGAAUGUAUUCUUUUUAUGCGAUUUUUUUAAUUUAUUCCUUUACGUUCCCAGUGGCACAUAGGGAGGCUUCAAGCUGGAGGCUUGAAGUUUCGGUAGUAGUGGUGUUUAUUUAUUUUUAUGGGAUGGGGUUGCUAGCCCCAACUAGCCCAACCUUCCCUCUUUACCAGUCUUAUUACUGGCUUAGCGAGGUUUUGGCAGGAAUGCGUCGGUGGCCGGGGAUCGAACCCCAGGCAAGCAUUCUACCUUUGUACCACUGACGCACCUUUUUAUGUGUGUGUGGUGUUGUUGAAUACUUUAGCUAAUUUUUGUUUUCUCCACAAAAUUUUAUGAUAUUUUUCCUUAAAAUCCUGUUCAGAUUUGCCAAACGUUCAUUAGAUGAUUCUUCUUUUUAUGGAAGUUUUUUACAUGUAUGUUAUGCUCCUGAAUUCGAGACAAUAGCUGAUUGUCGUUUAAAGUUACAUGAAUGUAGACGUUUAAAUGCAAGAAUAUCUCGAAAAGCAGAACAUGAUUAUAGAGAAAAGUUUGCCAGGACUUGUGAAGCAUCAACUUCGGAGCCAGUCCCCGCAAUCCCUUCUACAUCAAAUCAGCCAAUACCGCAGUCACUUGAUGUUUGUCCUAGGGAAUUUGUGGAAUGCCAGAGUUUACCAACGAAUAAUAAUUUCUCUUGUACACCUUUCUCAUCACAUGACAAUCCUAUGCAUAAAAUAAAUGAAACAGUCGCCUAUCCUCCAUGUGAUGCUUUAGAUGAUUCACGCCUGUAUUGGAAACAAUUUGGUCUGCAACUUCCUGAUCAAAAUCAGUUGAAAGUUAAUCCACCUGGAAAUCCGAAUAUUUCUCCUGCUGUUAUUACUAAUGUCGACCAACAUCCGUCAACAUCACAUCAUUAUCAGCAUCAUCAUCCGCAAUCUGGUGAUUUAGCAACUGUACAAAAGCGACCUAUACCUCUUCCUGUUCUACAAGCCUUAAGCUGUCGACCAUAUCUAGAGACUACUUCAAAGCCCGACAAAUCCUUGCCGAAUACAGUAACCUCAGAGAAAAGUCAACAAGUGGUGCAGCAUUCAGUCAGUUCAUUUGUGCCACGUAUUUUGAAUGAUACAAUUCGUAUGCGGAGCAAUCAUACUAAAAAUCCUAAAGCAUCUUUGCCAGCUUCAGGAUCAUCAACGCCUAUAUCUGUCGGUGAAUUGAAACGCCUAGCUCAUAACUUAGGUCCUGAACAAGGACCUAGCUUACCACCACCACCACCACCAAAACAAAAGAAAGUACAGGAUGAUGGUGUCAAUAAUUCUAAAAGAAUUGUGUUUCAUCGUACAAAAUUAAAACAAAAGGAUGGAUAUACUCCAGCUUUUGAAGAGAAUUGAAAACUUGUAUUUCUCAAUUUAUGGUUCACCAAAGAUAUUGUGUACAGUGAUUUUACGGGACAAUUGUAUGUAUAUAUCUACGUAACCAUAGGAAAGGCACCAGAGAGUAGUGAAUUGAUGAGCGGAGAUUUAUCUUUCCUAAGAGGUUAUCUCUUGGUGUUGCUCUACUGUUCUUCCCAACAUAUUAAUGACGGUAUACACGGAAAUGGUUAUUUGUACAUAUAUAUGUUCUUUUGUUUUGAUUGGUGAUAUGCAUUCCAAAAUCUGUACAAAAUAAAAGAAUUUUGUUGAAUA